AUGGCUUAUUUCAAGAAGAUGGAUGUCGUCAAUGUCACCGCCUUUCCAAUGAUCGCACUGGAGGAGAGCCUGUCUCUCUCUCAGGCUGAGCAGAAGGUGAUGAAGGAUGCUGUGAGGAAGGAUUUAGAGAAUAAUCCACCCUCGUGCAUUAUUGGCUCCAUGGACCAGGUGAACCAAAGGAUUGCUGAAGUAGAUCUGAGUCCCAACCCGUUGGCCAACAUCCUGGCAAUUGAAAAAUUUGAGAAAGAGAAGAAGACUUUAAGAGAGAAAAGUCACAGCGUCUCAGAAGACAGAGGCAAAAACCAGGCCCUUGAGAGUCCAAUAAAGCCCUGUAGAGGAUCCGAACACAAGAAUGCCAAGUCUUUCAUCCUAAAGAGAAAAACAGCAGAUAAAAAUCUGCUAGCGGAGCUGUACCAGUAUCCUGAAUUUAACAAGUAUAGGCCAAACGAGCUGCCAAACGGAGUGGGCUUCUGUGAAAUGGUGGGCAACGUGAUCCGGGCCGAGAAGAACCCCAUCAGUGGCAAGUCUUUCUGUACAGAUAAAGAAAUGGUGAAGUUCCUCUCUUCGCCUUCCCCAAGAGCCAUAUUCCUGGAUAGCUUCUGGUGGAUCUUUCAUGAAAGGUACCAGCCAAACAAGGAGGUCCAGAAGAAGCUGUUUGACCGGAUAUCCAGAAACUACGCCAACGUUUUAUUUAAGGAAUCCAGGUCCCACUAUGAAGAGGCUAUCUUAAAAAGGUUGCCGAGCCUCCUGAGUCAAGGCCUGUACACCAGCUUCUGCUGCUGCUUCCCACAGUCCUGGUUCAACACGCACGAGUUCAAGACUGAAAUCUGCAACACAAUGAGCCUGUGGAUUGCAGGUAUAUAUCCUUGCCCACAGAGCUACAACAACUGGGACUACUCGGAACUAGAUCCAGAGAGAUUCCAGAGAGAAGAAUUAAUGUUACAGAGAAAAAGACUGAUAAAGGGAAGAGAGUUUUCUUUGUACAUUCGCAGGAGAUUGUCCUUCCAGAAGUCAGUCUGUAAAAAGAAGUUCUACCACGUUCAGCUGAAAAGCUCCAAUUAUCUUGUAUUUAUUUCUGCUAAUAUUCUAUUGACAGAGCGUCACUCUCACACACUGCUCUUGAAGAAAGGUACAAGUCAAGUCAACAGAGUAUCAGAAGCAAGCUACCAUGAGGCUAUGUUACGUAAAAAGUCUCACCCUGCCUGCAAGAGCCAUGAGAUGGUUGCAAACUACUUCAACAUUUACGGGAAGAGCCCUCUGAUCGUGUACUUCCUCCACAACUAUGCCACUCUGCCGCAGCACGGCCAGGACGUGUUGAUGGUCAGGAGGGAGAAGACCAAGACCAUCCCCGAGUCGACCCUGACGUAUGCUGACAUCAUCGUCCAGGCCCUGAGCAGCAUGAAGAAGCGAAAGGACAACCUCCGUCAGCUGAGCCGGCUCCACUGGAACGAGUGGAAUUACCUCGACGAGUACCUGAAGGAGCAGCAAGAGCACUUCUUAAGGAGGGAAGUGGAGGAGAUGAGAGAGCAGCGGGGGUUGAACAACUCCCCCAUCUCCAUGUCAAGCCCUGAGGAUCCAGAAGAUCUCUACGAAGUCUAUGAGAUGGCCGCUACCAGAGAGGCGAUGACCACCAAGAAGUCAAAAAGAGUGCAGAAGGAAGGGGGCAUCACCUUUGUCCUCUCAUCUCCUAGCUCACCCGCUGGAACCCUGGCCUGA